CUGAACGGUGAGCAGGCGGCCCUGCUGCGGAGGAAGAGCGUCAACACCACCGAGUGCGUCCCGGUGCCCAGCUCCGAGCACGUCGCCGAGAUCGUCGGUCGCCAGGGUUGUAAAAUUAAAGCACUGAGAGCCAAGACAAACACGUACAUCAAGACCCCCGUUCGUGGUGAAGAGCCCAUUUUUGUUGUCACGGGACGGAAAGAAGAUGUCGCCAUGGCCAAAAGAGAAAUCCUCUCCGCUGCAGAGCACUUCUCCAUGAUUCGUGCAUCUCGAAACAAAAACGGCCCUGCCCUGGGAGGGUUGUCAAGCCCUAAUCUGCCCGGCCAAACCACCGUUCAAGUGAGGGUCCCAUAUCGUGUGGUAGGAUUAGUAGUUGGACCCAAAGGAGCAACUAUUAAAAGAAUUCAGCAGCAGACCCACACAUACAUAGUAACUCCGAGCAGAGAUAAGGAGCCUGUCUUUGAAGUGACAGGGAUGCCUGAAAAUGUUGACCGAGCACGAGAAGAAAUAGAAAUGCAUAUUGCCAUGCGCACAGGAAACUAUAUUGAGCUCAAUGAAGAGAACGAUUUCCAUUACAAUGGUACCGAUGUCAGCUUUGAAAGUGGCACUCUUAGCUCUGCGUGGCUCUCCUCCAAUCCAGCUCCUCCUAGCCGUGCAAGGAUGAUCUCCAAUUAUCGAAAUGAUAGCUCCAGUUCUCUGGGAAGUGGUUCCACAGAUUCCUACUUUGGAAGCAAUAGGCUGGCUGACUUCAGUCCGACGAGCCCAUUCAGCACAGGGAACUUUUGGUUUGGAGAUGCGCUACCAUCUGUAGGCUCAGAAGAUCUCGCAGUUGAUUCUCCUGCCUUUGACUCCUUACCAACAUCCGCGCAAACUAUCUGGACUCCAUUUGAACCAGUUAACCCACUCUCCGGCUUCGGGAGUGAUCCUUCUGGUAACAUGAAGACUCAGCGUAGAGGAAGUCAGCCAUCUACUCCUCGUCUGUCUCCUACCUUCCCUGAGAGCAUUGAACACCCACUUGCUCGGAGGGUUAGGAGCGACCCACCUAGUACAGGCAACCAUGUUGGCCUUCCAAUAUACAUCCCUGCUUUUUCUAAUGGUACCAAUAGUUACUCCUCUUCCAAUGGUGGUUCCACCUCUAGCUCACCUCCAGAAUCAAGACGAAAGCACGACUGUGUGAUUUGCUUUGAGAAUGAAGUUAUUGCUGCCCUAGUUCCAUGUGGCCACAACCUCUUCUGCAUGGAAUGUGCCAACAAGAUCUGUGAAAAGAGAACGCCAUCAUGUCCAGUUUGCCAGACAGCUGUUACUCAGGCAAUCCAAAUUCACUCUUAACUAUAUAUAUAUACAUAAAUACUAUAUCUCUAUAUGGACUCGUAAAGGCAUGGGUAUAAUGGUACCCCAGUAAACUUCCUAAUGAAUUCUUAUGACUGUUAUCAGGCUUUAUUGGGAUUAGGCUAAAGUUGUUAGUAAACUUAUAAAAGGCUGCUAUGGUAACACUAAACCUAAGUGGUCUCUUGUCUAUUAGUUUGGUUUGAAUUAUUAAUAUCCUAUAGACCCAGAGACAUAGCUUGUAUAAGAAUUGCUGAAGUUCAACUCGCUUGAGUGAAGAUCAUCACAGGUUGUGUGAGCCUACGAGAAAAGUAUACGUCUAAGAUUUCAAAACUGGUCCCAAAGCCUAACCACAUUAAGAGUUUAUGGAGGGUACUUGGCAUUACAGAUGAUUCAGACACUUCCAGGGCUGCCUUCUUUACACUGCCAGUUUUGACAAAACAGGUUUGUUUUUUAUUUUACAGCAACUUAUGCCUAAUUCUGCAGGAUUGCAAGUACCUUUCUAGUGCAUUGUGACUUAAUUACUGGUAAUAAUAGGGCUGGUGGCAGUUUACUCAAUCACUGGUUAUAAUUUGGGACAAAAACUGCUACAUUGACCUUCAUCUCGCCCAGCUGGUAUGAUCAGUGGAUCAGGAACGCAAUUGUGGCAAUUGUGUGGAUUGUGAAUUCCUAGCCAUUGCCUCCCUCGGUGAAUGUGGAAAUGGCCACCUGGGUAUUCCCAUUUCAGGAAGGGUUUUGGGAUUCACCUAUAUUGGCUAAUUGAGGAUACGAACAUUCCAUUCAUUAGUCUAAUCAAGCUAUUGAUUAUUUUUAGACUCUAGAUCAAAAUGUGAAACAUUUUAUGUUCAAUCCAUAUUUGUCUUGCACAUUAUAAAUAUAUUUUUAUUUUUUAGUAAUUUAGGGAAGGGGGAGGGAGAGAGGGAGAAUAAUGCCCUUAGUAUAAUUCACAAAAGCAGCUGUGAUGACCUCCAAUCAGUUUACUUCAUUUCAAAACUAUUUCUAAUCACAAGGGAAGAUUUAAGAUACUUUUACAUUUCACCUGUGGAUGUCUGCAACUUCAUCCUCAGUAUGUUCCCAAAUCUAUGCUGGCAUUGAAAGGACAAAACAUGAUACUGGUGGGUUUUUCUACUAAUUAUUUUUUGAUGCGUUAUUUUCCCAACGAAAAAAAAAGCUUUUUUUUUUCUCAGUAUAACAAAAAUUGAAAUCCUAUGUGUAUUGAAUAGUACAUAGACAAAUUUUAUUUUUUAUUUUCACUUGAAGAGUUACAUUUCGUAUAAAAGUUUACAAAUAACGGUUUUUAUUUUGAUUUUUUUCAGUAUAAAAAAAUUGCCUUGAUGGCAUAUUAUGAUGUAAUGCUAAUUGCUUGUAGGAUAGUUAAAUGUCAGUAUUGAAAACCUAAUCCUUAGCGCCGUCUUGUAGAUAUGAACGAAUGUUCGCCAAGCAUGUAUUUUGUAUUUUGUUGCAUUGUACACUGCAACUAAUAAGCCAAGGAAUCGACAUAUAUAUUAGGUGCGUGUACUGUUUCUAAAACCACAAACUAAGAAUGAUAAAUUAUCAAUAUAGUUUAGUAUUUGCUAAUUUUACUACUCUUUUGUUAUGUAUAUGUAGGGAAGUUAUAGGGAUUAUAAAUUCAAUUUGAGUAAAGUUUAAAACCAUAUAUUUUAUGAUAAAGGGCCUUUAACUUAAGAUGGCCAAAGCACUGAUAUUAUAUAUUUGCUGUAAAGAGAAUUAUAAGAGUUUUAUUUUUCUGAUAUUAAAAGUUACUUAAUAAAGACUUGUUUCCAUUAACUUGAA